GAAACGAUUAGUCCAUCUCAUUGUGAAAGUGGUGUGAAGGCCGACGACCACCUGUUGGCGGGCGGACUGCACACCGAUGGCCGCAACCACAAGUCGGACUCCUCUUCAGAUGAAGAGCGAAACAUCAAAACGGGUUCAAACACUUCAGUGCAAAACAUCAUGAGUCCCUCCUCUCAGUCACAAAAGCGACCGAUGAAUGCGUUUCUCAUAUUCUGUAAACGACACCGAAGUGUUGUCCGACAAAAGUAUCCGCAUCUCGAGAACAGAAGUAUUACUAAGAUAUUGGGCGAGUGGUGGGCCGCUCUCGACGGAGACCAGAAGCAAAAGUACACAGAACUCGCGCGUCAGUAUAAGGAGGCCUUCAUGAAAGCCAACCCUCACUUCAAGUGGUAUAAGACAACUGAUUUAAGGCCUCCAAUAGCGCCGCCAUCGCCACCACCCCCUCCACCACCAGUCGUACCGACCGUUUUGGUACAAAACACUCCGAGACCUGCGGCCCAACCAAAUCAAACUCAGUCCACACCUAAACCACCGAAAAAGCGUUAUUUAGAGAACUUAGAGAAUGGAGAAUACACUCGAGUUACAAACAAUGCAAACCAUAACGUGAUGUCCAAUGCGAACACAAAUGGCGGGCAAGCGAUGGGCACGAGUGGAUCCAAGUGUGCGAACAACGCCGGACCACCCAUUCUGGACAUAGAAACGGCAAAUCGAGUGAUUGAAAACGCUUUGAGUGGAUCUCUAUCAUUGAGCUGUUCGUCCAACGCUAACACAAACCGCGAACAGUCGGCCUUCAAUUCGGAUAUAAUUAACGGACACAUCAAUAGUGUGUUAGAGCAGCACUCGAUUGAGACCCGAGAACUGGAGGCACUCGAACGCAGUUCCCAUAAAGCGCGUGAAGAGCCACCCGUCGGGACCAGUAGUUCGUCGAAAGCAACCCAUAGUACAAGUGUUGACAAAAGUGCAACAAAUAGUAUCUCAAAUCCGGUCAUAGGAUCGCCUCAUAUGGCUUCCGAUGAGGAGGACAUGGAAGACGAUAACAGUGUAGACGACGAGAAACCAUUGAAUCUGUCGGCGUCUACUGUUCUCCGCACUUCCAAUCAGGACAUUAUCGACCACUUCAUCGAUAAGCUGUUGAGCACCGGAAUUGAAGGUUCUACAUCGUCUUCAUUAUCUUUGCCUUUCUCUUCGUCGUCACUCUCAUUGAUGUCUACAAACGAUGACAGGAAUAACAAAACCAUUAAUAAUGUGAUGAAUAAUAAUCACAGAAUUGUCAACAAUAAGAGUAAUAAUCAUAAUUUAAGUGACAAUACAAACCAUUGCAAUACUUUGAGCACAAAUACCGGUCCCAACAGCGCAUCCAAUAGAGCGCAGUCACGCAAAGACCGGUCCUGUAAAGGGAAGCGCUAUCUGGAGAUCCUAUCGGAGAAUAAGAUGGCCAAACGGAGCCGAACCGUGUCGUCGAUGUCGGCCAACAGCGACAAAGACGAGGGGUCUUCAGGAAAAAACCAGAGUUCAAAGGAGCAGUUGAACGGUGGGUGCGGUAGCGGUGGCUCUAAAUGGGUUUCGGGUGGCUUUGACUUAGAGGAACACAUCAAACAAUUGCCACAAUUAGGUGACACUCAUCUGCUCAACGCUCUCAGUCAUAGCAAAGCCAAUAAUAAGACAACUAUUAAUAGUUCUUUGAGUAGUUGUCCGAAGAGUGGUACCACUGAUGAUAUGACACAUCAUAUGAAACCAGACGCCACUAACAAUUGUGUUGUCAGUAAUGAGUCAAACAAUAAUUCAAUGAGUGAUAGAAGUAAUAGUGAUAACGAAGACAAUGAGAUGAAUGUGACGAAUGGCGACUCCAAUCAGUUGAUCCAAAAUACUCCAAAACAUUACACAACGGAUGCAAACGUUUCCAAAGCCACUGUUGAGACCGAAUUGAAACGCGUCGACAGUAAUGUCGAUAAAACACAAGACACGGACACUUCGGCCAAUCGAUCGUCUCGUGAAGACUCGAUUAAACACAAAUCAGCCGAAGAGUCGGUUGUCGUUAAUGUAAACAAUUCUUCAGACAAUACUUUAGUCAACAACUCGUUGUCGAGCUCUCAGGGAAUUGAAUUCAGUGACGGUUUGUCCGCUUUGGCAGAAGUGGCGCUCCAACAGCAGAGGAAUACCGUCUAA